AUCAGCGCAUGUAUCAUGUAUACCCAGUGCAGUGAACCGGAACUUGAAAACACGGGAAUGUUAUCCUCCUUUUCGGAUCACAUUGGUGAUGAACUCAAACUUCAACAUACUGUAAAAGUAAAGUCAGAGACAAACAAACCCAGACCAUACCGCGUCAAGUGAAAUCUUUGAGUGAUGAAGGGACCGAAGAAGCGACUGCGGUGAUGUCUACGUUGCGCCCUGAUGCUCUUAAUGAUACCACCAAGGACACCAGAUACCAUGAGCAUUAUGGAUUGUUGUGGAAGUUAAAAGCCACUGUAGAAAGUCUGCUUGCUGCCAAUGCCUCCAAUGUGUGGUCGAUGUAUGGUGGCCUCAAUCGACUGGCCAACCAACUUGAUGUGAUAUUAAAACAUGGCCUUAAAAAUGAUGCUUGCCCUGCACAAGACUACUGGAAUUUUGUCUUUGGACUGCGCCGUAUCCAACCAGUGCUGGCCCCCUCUAUAGACCAGCUCAGCCGACGGGCAGAGCAGGAGGGUCGCAUCAAGGGGUUGCUAUGGUUACAGGAUAGUCUUGAGAACCAUACUCUCAGUUUCCAGCUCAGGAUGUUAGUCUCAGAAACCAGUCACCUCAGGGAAUUCUACUCAGAUGAUGCCUUCCUGUGCAGCACAGCACAUUCAUCGGCCUUAGACAUCCUGCUACAAGCUGUAGAGCAGAACAAUGCCCGUCUCCUGGCUCAGGUCAAUCCUAACUUGCUUCAAAAGUGUCCUUCCUCUCGAGGUUCUGUAGUUUCACAGGGAAGUCCAAGGCUGUCCAGAACUCCCAGUAUGUCAUUAGAGCAGGAUAUCACACCAAAGCCUAAGGAUCAUCACCAUGCUUCCGACUCUCUCCUCUUUGCCUCCCCGAAGACUGAAUCGGUCCUCGGGACAUCGGAAGACCAUGCCUUUGGACAGAGUCGCGACGAUCGCAGGAAUUCGGCCAAAGAGGCAUUGAAAGCAUUAUUAGAAGGAUACCCCUCUGAAGGGUCCGGUGUUGUACGUGUUGCAACGGGCAACAGAACUGAAGCGUUUGCAACGGAUCCGCUUUUGAAUCGUCCUGCGAUUCCGAUCACGAGGGAGAGUUUCCAAAGACCGCAUGGUCUUCUUCGUGUGGAGAGUGAUACUGCCCUCCUGAAGACGUCUGUGUCAAGGAGAAAAUUUGACGAGAAUGAUAAUCGGUUCUCUGCCAAGCGAAAGGGUUCUAGUGGGUUAGCGCAGAAUGGGAACAGUGAUCUUUCGCUGAGUCCCGGGAGAGACAGAGGUAUGUAUUGGGAAGAUGCAGGAGAUACAGAAGAUUUAGAUGAUCACAGUGACACCAACGACAUCCACAGUAAAUUAGUGUUCACAUACGACAACUCACCUUCUUCCUCAAAUUUUGCCAGAACCCUGGACUCGUCCACGGAGGAAAUCCCAUCUUCCAAGAGCGCCACUUUGCUUUCAUCGGAAUCCGGUGCAGGCAACAGUCUAGAGCCAGGAUAUCGGACUAAAGAUACCAAAAAUGGAAGCUCGCUAAAUUCAAGCCACCAUUCUCUUCUGCAUUCCAGCAGCGAACAACUUCUCUUUUCCGAGGAGGAGGAAGACCAGUUUGGUUUCCUGGGUGAAGUCGCACGAAGAGGGCGCCAGUCCAAGCCUCUCCACCGGCGGAACAGUGAGGACCUAGAUGGGGCGACACCGUCCCCACCUCCAGUUCAGCACAAGUACCGGAGACACACUCGCUCUAUGUCGGAUCAAAUCUCCAACAUGAGAGGAGGAGGGUUUGAAGACUCUAGGAGAGACUUUGUUCCAGAAAGAAAAGUUUAUAAUGGAAAGAGGUCAAAAGAUGAUAUCUAUUCGUCUUCUCUUCCAUCGGAACCUCUUACGGCAAGACGAGUAUCAGAUGUUAGUAGCGCCUCUCCCGCGUGCGACGGGUAUUUCCCCCAACCGAGUCAGGGAGAGUCCCUCUUUACAUUCCUCUCAUCGCAAGAUUUUGCUACCUGUCCUGAAGUUGAUAAGGAGAAUGCCCACUUCUGUAUCUCCGAGGCCAUCAUCGCUGCCGUGGAGCAGAUCAAAUGCCGUCAGCUAACCCGACAGACUCCGUCGGACCACGAAUCUGACGGGUCCGACGAGGAGAUCCAGAGACUGAAGCAGAGGAUCCGCCUCAGGCGUACCGAGAAGCGCGAACGUAAACUACAGUGUGAACAGGACCAAAGCCCUCCUGAUUGUGAUAUUUGGAGCCCAGAGCACGAUGGCACGGAUUCACCCCAAUUUCUGUCCGAUUCAGAGGAAUCCAUGGAAGAAGCAGAGGACUUUGUAGUGACGGAUACUUCUUUGGACACCAAUCUGGUUGCUAUGAAGACGAAAGGUCUGACUGCAUCACUUGGCUCGCUUUAUUCAGAUGCCGAUCUGAAGAAAGCGAACAAGAUGCACCCCAUCGAGACAGUCAUACCACUUACUAAGAUAGAGCCUUCCUCGUCCCACCAACUCUCUGCGGAAUCCAUAGCACUUUCCCUCAUCAAGAAGUUCUCUUUCCGACAGCUCCCGGCUGCAUCGGAAUUAGAAUGGUUGGUGUCUGAAAAAGAUGCCCCACAACAGCUCUUGCCUUUACCCAAGUCAGUUCCCAUAUCUCCUGAUGAUGGUGAAAAUGCUGACCUCUAUAAAAAUAUGCGUCUCCGUGGAAACCUUGAGUGGGCCCCUCCUCGACCUCAAAUAGUGUUCAGUAUUCACCCUCCUCCAAAACGGAAACAGCUCAUUGCCAAGCAGAACUUCCGCUGUGCCGGUUGUGGAAUGAAGGCAGAAAGGGGUUUCCUGAAGCGGUUGCGGUACUGCGAGUACCUGGGAAAGUACUUCUGCCAGUGCUGCCAUACCAACGCAUCCUCCCCCAUCCCUAGUCGAAUCCUCAGGAAGUGGGAUUUCAGUCGUUACCCGGUGUCCAACUUCUCGCAAGAGCUCCUGUCCAAGAUCCAGACUGAUCCGGUCUUCAAUGUGGUAGACGUCAACCCGAUUCUCUACAGGAAAGUCAAGCAAAUGCAGGCUGUCAAGGAUUUGCGAACACAAUUAUUCUUCCUGAAAGAUUUCCUGAAGACGUGUAGACUGUGCGACAGAAGUUUGAAAGCAUCGUACGACAGUCAGCCCGGCCACUGGAUGGGCCAGCCUGACCUCUACUCGUUAAGUGACCUUAUCAACGUACGCAGCGGGGAGAUGGAGAAAGCCCUCGCUCAACUGGUCCUCGAUGGUGUUACUCAUGUUAGCCAGUGUCAGUUGUGUCAAGCCAAGGGCUUUGUUUGUGAAUUGUGCAAUAAAGAUGAGAUCAUCUUUCCAUUCCAACUCAACUCUACUUUCCAGUGUUUAGAAUGCUGGGCCUGUUAUCAUACGGUAUGUUUCCUGAAAGAAAGCAAGUGCCCCAAGUGUGAACGCAUCCUAGCAAGACGUGGUGUGAGCGCAGUGAAGACGGAAACCAGCGAUGAAGAUACGCCGAGUUCAUCCUCCAGCUAACAGUGACUCUAAUGAUGUUUAUCCAUCUCACCUCCAAUACCCAUGGCGGGAAUUCAUCCUCGUGACUCAUACCUAAGACCAU